UGGCGCUUGAUGACGUAAGUUUGAACCCAACUGUAAACAAUCGUUCGCGCGGGAAAAUCUACCCACAAGCCUUAAUGGGGUGAAAAAUACAUAAAAAACAUGGAUGCCUUCGACUUUGUCAUACCCCUGAGUCUUGAUGCCCUGCAGGAGUCGACCAGCACGCGGCAGUAUGUCGUGUAUAACAUUUCCACGAGCAAGGAGAUCCCAAAGAAGAUUCAGGAAGCACAAGUAGCCUUCCGUCAAGAUGGCCCACAUUUCAUCCUCAAGGCACAGAACUUCGAUGUGCUUUAUAGUGUCUUGGUUGGCUUUGGCAGCGUGGAUGGAGAGUUUCGGCAGCGCACGUGGGAGCUCCUCCUUAAAGCAAUGUCCAAGGUAACGGCAGAAUUGGCGCUGCUUCUUGAUGAGGGGGACCUGAGCGCCAAGGAACGACACCAGUGGCUCAAUGUUCUGAAGAUGACCACCUACAUUGCCUGCAACCUCACAGAAUCCUUCGAGAAUGAGUACAACAAGCCCUCCACUGACACCCUUCUCCUAGGGAAGCAAGGAAGAAAGAAGUCAGCAAGGAAGUCCGAUGACGGGACAGACUGGGAGGAGGAGAGGAACCGCAUGCUGGUCCAGUUGUUCUCUGUCCUGCAGCACCCUCUGCAUCGCCUGUGGGAGCCACCCAUCAUGGAGGAGGAUUUUGUCAACCUCAUAGCCAACUGUUGCUACAAGAUUCUGGAGUCUCCCACCAUGAACUUGGCAAGGACCAAACCAACUCGAGACUCGAUAUUUCAGAUUAUCGGUACACUCGUCAAGAAAUUCAAUCAUGGUCUUGCUUGUUCACUGAAGCUCAUGCAGCUCUUGCAGCACUUUGAGCACAUGGUCGUCCCGUGUGCACAGGGUGUGAUCCUUCUGAUUGAGUCCUUUGGCAUCACCUCGGUUGUGGCAGAGAUGGUGAGGGAGAUCGCGAAGGUGGACGCCAGAGAGCUCAUGAAGGAUACUUCUGGCUUGCGUAACUUCUCCCAGUUCCUGGUGGAGGUAUCAGAGAAGUGCCCCCAGGUCAUGCUGCCCUCGCUCAGCUUGCUUGUUAACUUCCUGCAUGAGGAGGCAUCUGGCAUGAGGAACUGUGUUCUCUCCAUCCUGGGUUCCAUAGUGUUGAAGGUCCUGAGCGGUGAAGAGCUGGACCCCAAGAGCCGAGACCUGCGCGACCAAUGUCUUGACCACCUUGAGGACCACAUACACGAUAUCCAUGCAUUUGUUCGCAGCAAAGUCUUACACAUCUGGAACGACCUUGUGAGCGAGAAGGCCGUACCCCUGCGCAGACAGCAGCAGGUCCUGAAGCUCACCCUAGGGCGCCUGAAGGACAAAUCUUCGCAUGUGAGGAAAAGUGCAGUUCAGUUGUUGACUGCAUUCCUGAAGGGCAACCCAUUUGCGGCAAAGCUCCCCCUGGAAGAACUGGAAGGCCAGUAUGAAGAAGAGCUCAAGAAACUGAAGGAGAUGGACCCUAAGGCUGCUUUGGAUUUGUCAGCUGAAGAGGAGGAUAAGCUGCAGGUAGAAAAGACCGUCACCGGAAGGGAGCUGUGGGCAGCCAUGUUGCCCGAGGUGGUCAGCAUUGUUUUGGAAGUUGUUGAUGAAGGUGGCACUGAAGAUGAUGAUGACGAUGAAGACUCCUUAGAGGAAGAUACCUCACUAAAUGACGCAGUUUUGGAGAUCGCAGAGGCUUUGAACUGCAGCAAGAUCAGAAGAGCCGUCAAACUGCUGGAGUGUGCUCUAGAAAUGUUCCAUGGGGCUGAAGUAUUUGGCUAUGAUCCUGAGAUCCACUCCUCCAAGGCUUACAAAAAGUUGAGCAAGGAUGAGGAGCUGACGGACCACCAGAUCCGCCACCUGGUCGUGCUGGAGCGCAUCUUCCUGUCUGCCAAGGAGAUGGAGGAGAGAAAAAGCCGAACAGACGGGGAGGAGAAGAUGGAUGAGGACAAGAAGCCAGAGGAGGAGGAGGAGGAGGAAGAGACGGAGGAGAUGAGGGCAGAGAGGGAGGCCAAGGCGGAGGUGACCAAGCAGAAGCUCUUGGUCAACUACUUGAAGGAUUCUGUUUGUUUUGCAAAAUUGUUCAACAAGGGUUUGCCAGUUCUCUGCCAGCUGUUGAGCAGCAAACAUGUAUCAGAUGUCUUGGAAGCAGUGCAAUUCUUUGUAACAGCCUUUGAGUUUGGGCUUCUUAAUGCCAUGACUGGUGUGCGUCGCAUGUUGGCCUUGGUGUGGAGCAAGGAGCAAGCUGUCAAGGAUGCAGUUAUUGGGGCUUAUCAGCGCCUGUACAUUAACAUUGAUGCUCCAAAUGAAAGGACCCGUGCUCAACACAUUGUCAGGAACCUCUCAGCACUCAUUACCGGUGCAACCCUAGGAGAGAGGACGUCCAUGGAAGAGAUCAUCGCUCAGUUUGUGAAUUCCGGUGACAUUACUAAACAGUGCCUAACCUUGCUUUGGGAGCGCUUCACCAAGACCCUGCCUGACACCACAGAUGAUGAGUCACUGGCAGGACUCAUUCUCCUCGCCAUGUGCGCCAACUCAGAAGCACACAUCGUCUCAAGCAACAUUGGCGUCCUGGUAAACUCUGGCCUGGGCGAGAGGGGCUUGCGCAACUUCACUCUCGUCAAGGAGACUUGCACCGCCUUGUUGAAACUAUCCACGACCAAGCCAAAAACUGAUGACCCUAAUCCACCCAACAGGUUAGACCGAGACCAUGAGAUCUUUGAGCGCCUUGCCAAAAUCUUACUAGAAGGUCUGAAUGUUCUUGAGGAUCGUCAGUAUUCUCCCAUGGCUGUCGAGGCUGUUAGUCUGAUUUACUCGUUGGCAGAACAUCCUGACCUCAUCUGCGGAGAUAUUCUGCAGGAGAUGUGCAAGAUCAUGCUUUCCUCUUACACAGAAGCAGCAGACUCAGCCGGUGAUGGCUCUCAGCCAGAGACUGAAGAUAUCAAGGUCCCAGUAGGCAUCCUGACACGUUUCUUUGUGUUUGUGGGCCAAGUGGCUCUGCGUCAGCUGAUCCACCUUGAUACCUAUGUGUUCUCUGAGCUGAAGCGCAGAAAUUACCUCAAAGAGGAGAUGGAAACAGAGAAGAAAAAGAAAAAGAAGAAAAGGAACACGAGGAAGUCACUAGCUACCUCUGCCACCGAGGCUUCCAUGAACAGAGGGGGAUCCCAAGAUGGAGACAUUGACGAGGAGAUGGGCCUGACCGGGGCUGUGGCAGACGACAUGGAGGCAGAAUACAUCCGUUCCAUCUGCGAGACAGAGAUUAUUAAUGCCGACAACCUUCUCUCUCUUGUCAAGCCACUUAUUUGGGCUGUUUGCACCAACCCAGGAAAGUAUGCAGAUGCAGAGUUACGGACAGCUUCAACCCUAGCCUUGGCCAAGUUCAUGAUGAUUUCUUCAGACUUAUGUGAAGAUAAUCUGCAGCUCCUGUUCACCAUCUUGGAGAAGUCGGAGGAUGAUGUGAUACGUGCCAACAUAGUCAUUGCUCUGGGAGACUUGUCCUUCAGGUUCCCAAAUCAGCUGGAGCCUUGGACUCCACGUAUCUAUGCCAGAUUAAGAGACAGUUCCCCAAAAGUGCGACAGAACACUCUGACAAUCCUCACCCACCUCAUCCUCAAUGAUAUGGUUAAGGUCAAAGGACAGAUAUCUGACAUUGCUCUCUGCAUCACCGAUGACGAUCCACGGAUAUCAGGCCUUGCAAAACUUUUCUUCAGUGAGCUUGCCAGGAAGGGUAAUGCCCUGUAUAACGUUCUACCGGACAUCAUCUCGCGCUUGUCUGACACUGAACUAGGAAUUGAAGAGAAACGCUACAGAACAAUCAUUGGGCACAUACUGAACUUGGUACAAAAGGACAAACAGCUGGAAACUUUAGUGGAGAAGCUCUGCCAUCGAUUCCAAGCAACCGUCACCACAAGACAGUGGAGAGACAUUUCCUACUGCCUGUCACUUUUCACGUACAAUGAGAAGAGCAUCAGAAAGCUCACCGAGAACUUCUCAUGCUACGCCGACAAGCUCUAUGAGCCAGAAGUAUAUGAGUUCUUCCUGGGCAUCCUUGCCAGUGCCCGCAAACUGGUCAAGCCUGAAGUGAAGGUCCUGAUCGAGGAGUUGGAGGGCAGGAUGCAGGAGAGCCACGAGAAAGGCGUGGAAGACGAGAAUGUCCUCAACAAAGCUGCUAACGCCAAGACGAAGGCUAAAAAAGUGAGAAGUUCAGUGUCCAAGGGCAGAAUAAGAGGUAGAAGACGCAAAGAGAGUUCCAGCGAAGAUGAAAAAAAGACUGAGGAGGAAGAAGAGGAGGAGGAGGAGGAGGAGGAAGAGGAAGAGGCAGAGGCUGAGGACACUCGCUCACAGUUACACCCAGCUCAUCGUCAGAAUAAGGAGAACCAGAGAACAACAAGACUAUCAGGCAAUCUCGAGAAACCACGCAAAAAGAAAGUCACCAUCAGCACCGACUCAGAUGAAGAUAACAGCAAGGUCUUGACGCCACCUCAGAGGAAGUCAGGGAGAAUGUCCCAUGUGAAGCCCCUCUCGGAAAACUCUGCCCGUCUCUCAAGGUCCUCAAGACGGAAAUGAUGGGAUAGAAGGCAUAGAUGCUCAUUCUCUUUUAGGCUUUUGGGUUUUAGGAAUUUUUUUGAGAUUUUUCAAUUUACUUUUUAUCCAAGUCUAGGAAAUUGUUGCUCCUCUCAUGGGACUUAAAACAGAAAGUACAAUGAUAUAUGUGGAAGAUUUUAAUAAGGUAUCAUUUUAGUCUGAGUAUUGCUUCUAAUAUUAGCCAUUAAGGUAUUGCAGCAAAACAAUGAAGAUGAUGUUAUUAGUGAUUGGAAUUUUCAAGAUUUUCAUUAUAUGCUGUAUCAGCAAAACAUAAUGGUGAAAGUAAAUUUUUCUUGAUGUACAACUAUUAUAAUGUGUAAUACAUACACCCCAGUGAUGUGUGGAAAUUUUGUAUGUACUGUUCCAUAAAAUUAUUUAAUUGAUUUUAACAUGAACAAAAGAUAACAAGAAGGUAACAUGAAUUUAGAAGUUUCAAUAUCUUUUUCACUUAUAAAUCUGCUGCAUCUUGAGUGAAUGUACUGAUAAUAGUAUUCUUGACUUUGCUAUCCUUCUCAAAUGCAUAUUUACAUAUAGUAUAAGAUAUUCUCUUAGGGAUAGUACUAAUUCAUCUUUAAUAAUGGCAAUAUAUGGAAGGGUUUAAUAAGUAACUUUGUAAAAGUAACCUAUUUAUGAAACUAUAUUUUCGAAGACCAGUCAGAAACUUGUUCUACACUAAAUAUUUGUUAGGGUUUCUCAACUUUCUUGUAUAGCUUAUAUGACCCUUCCUUAAAUAUCCUGGUCAUCACACCAGUUGAUCUCCUUAGUUUUCUGCCAUGAACAAAGGGAUUUAUGGUUAAUUUUAUAGAAUCAAAGUCUAAACGCGUCCAGAUGAGACGACGAUCAGAGGGUGUACCCGAAAUGUGACAAUCUAUCAGAGAGACUAUAAAUUCCAUUAACAAACUACUUUGUUAAUGGGAUCUAUAGCAUCUCCACCUUUGCCAUCAUUUCUCAAGCAUGUCAACUGAUCAGGGCUGUUGAACUGGACAUGCUUUAAUACUCGGUUUCUCCAUUGUGGUGGUAGAAAACUUAAAUGUUGUGUAUCUUGUUAAGGCUUGCAAUUUCAGUUAUAAGAUGCAAAUAUACUGAUUUAGAAGUCAGAUGUAUGGGGUCAUGUGAAAUUAGUUUUUCAGUAGCCAUAUUACCACUGUAAAUAAAAUAUGUAUUCUAAA